AUGUGGUUCCUCAUUCCUGAGACCAAAGGUCACUCCGCUGCCGAGUUGGAUGAGCUUUUUGAGCGCAAAAUCAAGCCGUGGAGACUCCACAAGACGGCCACCGCCACCCAGCGCAUUAUCGAGAACAACAGGAUGAAGGCGGAUGGAUAG